AUGGAUUCAAACAAUCUAAGCAGCCAAACUCCAAAAAUGAACUGGGAGACAAAGGACUUGCCUAGUGCCUUCAAAGCAUUUAAAACUCAUGCAGAGUUCAUGUUCGGAGGACCGUUAAAAAAGAAAAGUGAAGCCGAAAAAUGCAACUAUCUCAUGCUUUGGUCUGGAGACCAUGGCAGGCAAUUAUAUUCCACAUGGAAAAUAUCUGAUGAAGAAAAGAACUCUCUCGACACAUACUUUAACAACUUUGAGCAAUACUGCCAACCGAAAUCAAAUAGAAUUUACGCACGUUAUCGGUUCAGAUCGAGAACCCAGCAGGAGGGAGAAAUGUUCGAACAAUACGUUACUGACCUGAAAGUUUUACUUAGGGACUGUGGCUAUCCAGUCGAAAUGAACGAAGACCUUGUUCGUGACCAGAUAGUUUUCGGGAUACGAUCACAGAAGAUUCGUGAGAAACUGAUAAACGAGGGCUCAGACUUGACACUACAGAAAACGCUGGACAUUGCUAGAACUGUAGAGAUGAGUCAAGUUCAAUGUCAAUCAAUGACAAAACAGGACAUUGGUGCUGUCAAGUUGAAAACAAAAGCGCAGCAACCCAAACCCUUUUGGAGGAAAAAAGAAGCAGCAAGUUCGAAUCCACAUGUGCGGAAUCCAAAGGGGAAUCAAAGUCACCAAAUGAGCAAACAAUGCGGGAACUGUGGUAGAAAAAGUCAUGCCAAAGGAACUGUGUGCCCAGCAUAUGGACAAAUUUGUUUAUCAUGUAGGAAGCCUAAUCAUUUUGCUAAAGUGUGCAGAUCCAAAAGGAAUAUCAGUGAACUGCAAGUAAGUGGUCUACUUCCAGAUCUAGAAAAUAACUUUAUCGUUGAUACCAUUUCCCUUGACCAGACCCAAAAUCAAGCCUUCAUUACAAUUGAAGUAGGGCCAAAGUACAAGGAUGUCGAAUUUAAGCUUGAUACAGGCUCACAUGUCAAUAUCAUUCCAAGGUCAAUUUGGAAUUGUCUUGGAAUACAUGAUCCCUUGAGACCCACAGACAGAAAGCUCACUGCUUAUGAUGGGACUUACCUCAAAGUUGAUGGUCAAGCAAACUUAAAGGUCAGACAUAAAGAUACUGCCGUAGUCAGUCUUGAAGAAUUUUACGUUGUGAACACUAGUUCCACUCCACUUCUAGGUUUAAAAACAUGCAUUUCCAUGAAUCUGAUCAUGAUUAAUGUUGACAACUUAGAUAUGGCAUUGAAUAAGGAAGAUGUUCUCUCUAGGUACCCUGACAUAUUUCAAGGUAUUGGUCAAUUGCCUGGUGAAUGUGAGAUACAUUUAAAGCAGGAUGCCAUUCCUGUGAUACACCCCCCUAGGAGAGUACCAGUAGCGGUACAUGAUAAGCUCAAGGCUGAAUUACAAAUGAUGCUAGAAAAAAGGGUCAUUCAAAAAGUAUCAGAGCCUACAGAAUGGGUAAACAGUUUAGUUACUGUAGAGAAGGGGAACGGUAAAUUGAGAAUUUGCCUAGACCCCAAGGACCUUAACAAUGCCAUUAAGAGACCCCACUAUCCAUCUAAAACUCUAGAUGAAAUAUUGCCUGAUCUGGCGGGUUCUUCUGUUUUCUCUAAGCUAGACGCGAGAAGCGGAUAUUGGUCUAUUAAACUGACUGAAAAGUCAUUUUAUCUGACCACUUUCAAUUCUCCAUUUGGGAGAUUUCGGUUCCUUAGGCUACCGUUUGGUCUUUUAUGUAGCCAGGACAUGUUUCAGCAGAAAAUGGACGAAUGUCUGGAAGGACUUCAAGGUAUCAAGACAAUUGUAGAUGACAUUGUAGUUUUUGGUAAGGACAGGGCUGAACAUGACCGGAAUUUUGACAGACUUAUGACCAGAUGUAGUGAAAAAGGUAUCAGACUAAAUCCAGAGAAAAUGGAGAUUGGAAAAUCUCAGAUAUCAUUCUUUGGACAUUUGCUUACUUCUGAUGGACUUAAGAUGGAUCCUUCCAAGGUCAGAGCAAUCAAGGAGAUGCCACCUCCUACUUGUAAGUCUGAACUUGAAACUGUAUUAGGUAUGGUGACCCAUUUUACAGAAAUUCUCUCCAAAUCUUGCCGAGUUAACUAG